GAAGUCAUUGCUUGUAUUGUUCUUUACUAUUUGAGUUGGUUACUGUAACGUCAUCGUGUAGCACGAAAGGACACUGAUCCUGGUUGGAUUUCAUCAUGUGCGGAAUUGAGAGUACAGCGGUACCCGGCAGUGUCUCCUGUGUAGCCUAGCUUCUCUGUAACUUUGUCGACACACACCGCAAACGCACUCCGACAUUAACAUUGAUAAUGGACGACCGUCCUCAACAAACCCCACUGUUUACAUUCGGCCUGAUAGCUGACAUUCAGUACGCAGAUAUCGACGACGGAUUGAACUACACCCGGACGAGGAGGCGUUACUACCGGAGCAGUCUCCAGCUGCUGAGAAAUGCCCAGGAAAGUUGGUCAAAGUCGGCUGUCAGACCAGAGUUUAUCCUCCAGCUGGGAGACAUUAUAGACGGCUUCAACAAGGACCACGGCACCUCUGACAAAGCACUGGACACGGUGCUGAGAGAGUUCAGCUCGAGCCCCGUGGAGGUCCACCAUGUGUGGGGCAACCAUGAGUUUUAUAACUUUAGCAGGAGCGCGCUGCUGCGUUCACGGCUCAACAGCAGCUCACUGCGCACUGACGGGAGCCUGAGCGGUGAUAUAUAUGCCUACCACUUCAGCCCGUCCCCAGGCUUCACAUUUGUUGUGCUGGAUGCCUAUGAUGUGAGCCUGCUGGGCAGAGAGAAGUCCAGUGAAGAGUACAGCGAGGCUCUGAAAGUGAUACAAAAGUACAACAACAACGAGAAUCUCAACUGCCCCCCAGUGUUUGAGGGCCUGCAGCAGAGGUUCACAAUGUUCAACGGUGGCUUCAGUAAAGACCAGCUGGACUGGCUCCAUUCUGUUCUGAUGUCAGCAGAUGAAAAACGAGAAAGAGUCACAAUUGUCAGUCACGUCCCGAUCCACCCAUGCUCCACAGAUGCCAUCUGCCUCGCCUGGAACUUCGAUGAGCUCCUGGCCGUCAUACGGUCCCACAGCAGCGUGGUGUGUUUCAUGGCUGGACACAGCCACGACGGUGGAUACUGCCAGGAUGAAGGCACGGGAGUGCACCACGUGACAUUAGACGCGGUGAUUGAGACUCCACCUGACAGCGACGCCUUUGGCACAGUCUCCGUGUACGAGGACAGGAUGGUCCUGAAAGGGAACGGGAGGAUGGAAAAUCGAGUGUUUCGGUUUCCUUCAUAGGGCUGUAAUUAACAUUCAUACAUUACUGAAGCUGUCAAGGCAAUAGUUUAAGAUUAAGAGGUAUAUUUUGAACUGGGACAUUUCAAACAUGCUUGUUACAUUAUUUGAAGAAGUCAGGGAGUUUUACAGGGAUCCCUUUACAGGAGGGAAAAUCUCCCAUCCCAUAGUUUAAGGCUUUUCAUGACUUUCUCAGAUGAAAAAAUGUGCACACUUCAGUCAUGAAAGUAUUGUAACUUUCUAUUUAUUUAGUUAUAUUAAAGGCCAAGGUGGGAAUUUAGAUGCAGUGUGUCAUGACCUUACCUCAGCAGAGCAAAUACAGUACCUUUUAAAUUUAUUGUCAGAUUUUAUUAUUUGUCAUAAUAAAGUGUGAAAUAUCUUAUACACUGGUUGUUGUAUUUAGAGGUUAUAUUAUUUAUAUAUUUAUACACAUUUUAUUAAGGAAUUGAUUCUCAAUUCUCAAUUCCUGCCUUCUGCGUGUUGCUCAUACAUGAACUUUGGAUUUUCUUAAACUGUUAUUUGCUGGGCAAUGUGGUGAGAAAUUUGAUUUGUGCAGUGUAUUGCCAACUAUUACUGAUAUGAGAGUGCACAUCUGUAUGAUUUACUAUGUAAAACAAUAAAAGGAAUAAUAAAAAAUUA